UCAACUUGAUUCUUCACUUACUUGGAACCUAAACCCCUACAAUGGCGAAAGAGGGAGCAAAUGCUUCAGAAGACGAAAACGGAGCAGCUCCAUCUAAGCGGCAACACAAAUCAAAAUCCAAAAGAGAAGAUGAAACUGAAUCCGAAUCCAAAUCCGGAUCCGAACGGGAACGAGAAGUGAGAAAACACCGGAGAAAGAGAAGUCGAAGUCGAAGUUCUAGGAGAAGAUCGCGGGAUGAUUCGUAUUCGUCAUCAUCUGGAGAAGAUUCGUAUUCGGACUCUGAAGACUCGUAUUCGGAUUCGGAGUCGGGUAGUAGUUCGGAGUAUUCGGAUUCAGAAGAGGAGAGAAGGCGUAGAAAGAGGAGAGAUAGGAAGAGAAGAGAGGAAAAAGAGAAAGAGAAGAAACGAAAGCUGAGGAAAGAGAAGGAGAAGAAGAAGAGGAGGAAGAAGGAGAAAGAGAAGGAGAGAAAGAAGAAAAAGAAAGAGAAGGGGAAAACUGGUGCUGUUACAAACUCUUGGGGAAAAUAUGGAAUCAUCAAGGAAACUGAUAUGUGGAACAAACGGCCAGAGUUUACCGCAUGGUUGGCAGAAAUAAAGAAGGUGAAUCUGGAAAGCCUGCCAAAUUGGGAAGAGAAGCAACUGUUCAAGCAAUUCAUGGAGGAUCAUAAUACUGCAACCUUCCCUUCUAAAAAAUAUUAUAACCUUGACGCCUAUUACAGACGUAAAAUGGAAAAGGAAUGCAGAAGAGGUGUCAAGAAGGUCAUGGACGAUGAACGUACUGUCUUCGAUGAUGAAGAACAGCGCAGGCAAGAAUUGAUGCGAGAACGUGAGAAGCACAAGCAAGAACAGGUGGAAGCAUUGAAGUGCGAGAUGCAGAGUGGAAUGGCGCAAGCAAUGAAAGAACAAGCUCAAUUAAGAGAAGAGAUGGCUUAUCAAUACAAGCUUGGUAACUUUGAGGCUGCAGCUGCUAUUCAAAGACGUUUGGACCCUGAUCUCCCUAUGUAGACGAGGUCCUGCAAAAUUUUGGCCUAGGCUACAACGGAUUACAUUAGACUACAUGUUUUAGUUUUACUCGCUCCUUUUCGCUGAGUAAAUAUGCUUGCAGAUUCAUCUGCAAGUCUGCGCUUCUUACUAGAUAUCACUAGGCUAGAUGAGUUGAAAUCUGGUCCAUGUAUUGUUGUGUAAUAUCAUCUGCACUCCCAUCUUUUUACUCUGUUCUCCACCUUAAUGAUGUUAAGUGACAAAUUAACCUUGCAUUAAGACUGAUGUCGAAUGUCCUAUAAAAUGUUACCUGUU